GUCUCAAACCCUUUACUGCGCUGCAGAGCUAAAGCAGUGUGAACACGGGGGAUUAUUUAGUAUCUCACUGCAAUGCACAUCGACAGUGAUGCAGGUCCGGCACGACUCGAUCACAUUGAAUUGCAGGGAAAUAGAAGCAGAUAUCCGAGCAGCGUAUACUGACUGUGCCACACGUUUCCCCGCUGCUUAAUUUAGUUUAUUGACUGUUGCGAUCUGCACGGCGGACAAACACCUCGCAGUAGUUUCUAGAACGAGCGCUGCAUCCUCGCUGUUGUUCCGCUUGGCGAACGCCAGGGGGCGCGCUUCGCCGGACGCGCUGCAGAGUCGAGGCCGCUCAAAUCGCAGCUUACUUAUCUGUCAAGAUAAUCAUUUUUACGGUUCGUGAAUCAAAUACAUAUAUGAACAUAUUUAUCGGAAAGGGCGCUCUUCGAAUAAUUUGGGUAAAAAGUAAUUUAGUUUCUUUUCGCGGCGACGUUCCCACGAUGCCUUGCGCGGCGGAGUGGCCAUGCUGCUUCCAGAGCGAGUUUAAAUGGCUUCUUCCAAAGCGGCCGUGAGGAAAGCUUCUCGUAAGCGGAAAGCCAGCCCUUUGAAUUUGGAAGAGUACAGGCAGGGUAACGAGAGCGACAAGCACUGGGUCGUCCGGCGGCAGUUUGUUUCAAAGCAUGUCGAGGAGUACCGGGCGCGGAACAGCGUCGACCAGCUGCUGGCGCUGUCGAUGGUGUGGGCAAACCACGUCUUCAUGGGCUGCAGGUAUGGCCCCGAGCUGAUGCAGAAGGUCCAGAGCAUGGCCGAGGGCAUCGACAUAGGGGAGGUGCCCUCCUUUGAGCUGGUCCCUGGUGCUGAAAAGAAGAAGAGGCCGAGCUCAUCAGAUGACAAAGAGGCGCCGGUGAAGAAGCUGCCCGUGUCCAAGUUUGGCCCCAGACCCCGCUUUGAGCCCGUGCACUUUGUCAGCAGCAGCGGUACGGAGGAGAAGCAGAGCAGGAAGGGGGAGCGGGACAGUCCUGGACAGACGGACUUCGAGCACUCGCCAGAAUCGAACAGCAGCCGCCCAGCCCACGGCAGGCAGGGCCCCUCUUUCCAGAAUGCCAAGCCCUAUGUUUUCGACGCGUGGGCUGAUGGGGAUGACAAGGACGUGGGGUCGAACGCCUGCGGCCUGGGUUUCGGGAGCCGAAGCGGCUCCGCGGGCUUCAUGCUGAAAACGCAGCAGGACUACUGUGCCAAGCUCGAGGCGCAUCGCUCCAGGCGGCCGGAGGCUUCCCGGGGCUCCGUGUCCGAGUCGGCGGAGGCCGGCGGUCCGGCGGGCAGCCGGGACUCUCGCAGGGGCCUGGGGUUCGGGAAUCAGGACAGCGCGGCGGCGGCCAGGGCGGCCGACUCCCCGGGCGACGGCAGCCUUGCUCACCAGAGCGGCGACCUGGCGUCUGCCCUCGAGAAGACGCAGAAGCUGGUCGCCAGAGUGGCGUCGGCGAUGGCCGCCACUUACAAGGACCCCACGUCGAUGAGCGGCCCAGACACGCCGAACUAUAACUUCAUACUGAGCCGCAGCAUCCAGGCUUGCAAAACCAACCCGGAGUACAUCUACGUGAACCUCAAGGAGAUUGCACCGGGCGACCUGCCGAAAAACAGGAAGGUGCCCUCCGAUGGGUACGCUUGUGAACUGAGGUGCAAACGCGUUUAUUUAGCCACUGGGUACUCUGGGAGCAAGAACGGAGCCAGGGACCGGGCCUCCGAGCAGGCGGUCAAACUCUUCCUGAGGCCUGUGGAGGUGAGGGUCAUCCAGCGCAAGUUCAGGCGCACUUACGUCAGCGACCUCGUGGUCUGCCAGCGGCACUUGCCGACUCCCCACUUUCCACCGGCGCUGUGCAACCCGGAGGACACGCCUCCGCCGAGUUCGAGGGGCCAGUACGAGCCGGACCCGCGGAAGCACUGGACCGAGUUCGUGAUCGUGGAGAACGCGCACGACGCCAUCUGCAUCCUCAACAACUCGGCCGCCUUCAACCGGAUGAAGAUCGACUACAAGUUCGAGGUGAUCCCCAACACGAGCUCCUGGCAGUGCAGCGUCUACCUGCAGGACGAGCUCGUGGCGCAGGCGGCCGGCAACAAGAAGACCUCGAAGCACGCGGCGGCGGAGGAGGCCCUGCGCAAGCUGCGGCUCAACCAGGCCAGCCGCCAGCAGCAGCAGCAGUUCCCCCAGGGGAACCACGGCUCCGAGUUCCCGGGCGGCCGUUUCGGCCAGCACGGCAGGAGGAAGCACCUGAGUGAGCUGGUCAUUCUGGAGAACUCGGACAACGCCAUCUGCAUCCUCAACGACACGGCGCAGUUCAACAAGGUGAGCGCCGACUACAAGUUCGUGGUGCUGGCGGACCACCGCUGGAAGUGCGAGGUGUACCUGGAGGGCCAGUUCGUGGCGGCGGGGAUCGGGCCCAAGAAGGCCGUGAAGCACAUCGCGGCGGAGGAGGCCCUGGCCAAGCUGAGGCAGACGCAGGCCGUGGUGAAGUCGAACCUCAGGAAGGAGGGCAACGAGGACGCCAUCUCCCGCAAGCAGAUCCUGCGCCUGUCCGGGGAGGAGGCGCAGAAGCAGGAGAUCAAGGAGGACAACAUCGGGAACCAGCUGCUGCGCAAGAUGGGCUGGAAGGGGGGCGGGCUGGGCCGGGAGGGCGAGGGCAUCACGGAGCCCAUCAAGGUGAAGGAGCAGUUCACGAGGGAGGGCCUCGGGCUGGACGUGGACAGGGGCGGGAACCAGCUGAACAAGAGGGACAUCGAGGAGAUCAUCCGCAACUACGCCAGCUCGGACAGGCAGGACGACCUGCGGUUCUCUUCGGAGCUGAACAACGAGGAGCGCAAGCAGAUCCACCAGAUGGCCCAGAAGUAUGGGCUGCGCAGCAAGUCCUACGGCCAGGCCAUGCAGCGCUUCCUCGUUGUCAGCAGGAAGGUGCAGAAGGAACAGCUGAUCGGGCAGCUUUUCCAGGAAGGGCAGGUUGGCCGCUACGAGCUGGUGAAGCCCCAGGCUUCUCACUGACUGGACUGGUUCGUACCUGGCACAUGGCGAGGGCUGCUGGUACCUUAUUUUAACAGAAUGUGCACUUCAUACGUGGCAGGGGGGGAACAAAGAGCUUUUAUCAUUUUUCUAAGGACGCAGUUAUAAAAAGACUCUCUUGGCAGACUUCAUUAUCGUUUCUAUUCCAUGGUCCGUGAAGUGUACUCUCACUUUGGCACAACCCUUUCGAAGUCAGUAUUUAGGUUUUCUUUUCUCCUUUUUUUUUGUAUAGGAAGACCACUUUUCACUAUAACCUUUCAAAAGCGAAACCCGUCAUUCCUCAGAUCCGUGUUGGAAAUCUGCUGUACCUUUGACAUGAGUGUAUGUGUUUGUUUUGGGACUGAACUGCAGGUUGCACCAUGUACUGUAAUACCAACACUCUACCUUGAUCAUCAUGAGAACUUGAAAACCUAGAACAUCUUUCGUGUUUCAUUGUUGAAAUGUAUGAAUUUAAAACUGGAUUAUAACAGUAUACAUUGAACUGAACACUUCUAACCAUGCUGUAACCUUUACAGACAUCUUUCAAUAAAAUAGAAGGUUGUGGCAGAAAAAAUAUAAGUUCUAACAGAAUGCCUUUCUGAUAAAACUUGCAUUUCAGCAUCUAGUAAGGUGAACUGAAUGGUUUUCUUAGUUGUAGCCAUACUUGGAGCCUGCUUCCAGAGCAUUGUUCUGGAACUGCUGUCCUGAAUCUUAAGUCUCUUCUGGGUUUCAGUCCAUUUGAGCUCAGGCCUUCAUUGGAUCAAUGAGUUGCUUAGUUAGGAGGGGUUAACGUACGUUGCAUGUUUUUACUUGACUAAUUUAAGCUGCCUCUGCGCCGACCACUCUCCUAGAUUCUUGUGAACAGUCAAAGCAGAUGUGACCCCGUGGCAGUGAGAACGGUAGAUGCAAAGGGCUUUAUCUUUAAACGCAGGAGAGUUUCAGAGCUGUCUUAGCCCUGGAGAUCUUCUAGAGGACGAAAGCCCCUGCCUGGAUAGACACAACGAUACCUUUGUGGUUAAGACCAGCUCAGUGAGCGAUAGACGAACCCCACCUCGGGUAGUCCAAAAAUUGAAGAGCCUCUGGCGUCCUGGACUGGAAACGCUGUGUUAGAGAGAAGUCAGUGCAUGGAAAAGGAUGGUGGAAGGAAUGCAAACAAAGAAAGGAAAGCUCAGAGUGAUUUGGGUGGUGCAGCACAGUUUUUGUUACAAGAAAUAACAUGUAGUUGCAGCAUCAUAUAUUCCAUGUGUUAAUGAGUUUUCACUAUCUUCUUGAACAGUGUCAUCGGUGUAGGAUCAUUUAAAAAGCACAGCUGUCUUUGUAAGCAAAGGGUCUUGGACUAUAGUGACCACUGAAAUUCAAAUGUUUUUUUUUUCAUAUGAAUACCAAUGACACAUCUGGUUUCCAUUCCUCUAGUUAAGGGUUUCAUUUAAUUUUCAUUUUUCAAGGGUCUUCCCGUCUCCAUUUACAGUUUUUAAUAACCCUGAAUUCAGGAAGGGGGAAAAUAAGUAAUCAUCUAGAACAACAGUGCUCUCUCUGUAAAUUGUAAUAAUUUAAGGACAGUAUAUCCAAGUGUAAACAGUCUUGGUGCUUGUGUGUUGUAACAAUUAUACCUCUUAUUUGGAUGCAGGUCUUUCAUGGCUUAACGAAAGAUUUUGUUUAAGAAAAUGGUUAAUUCUUGGUUGAUGUAUGUAAAGCACAAAUACAGUAUUUUUGUCAAUAAGUUCUGCACUACAAUGUGUUUUCGAACUGUGAAUAUCUUACAAAAUGG